GUAGGAACCAGGGAAAAAAGAAAAUCGCGAUAUAUCGUUUAAGCAACGAGAAGUAACGAAGCGAUCAUGCUUUCUUUCUCCGGUUCCUGAAGCUUUUAUGUUCGGGAAUCGCGAUACGAGAGGUCGAAACGUUGCUAUAAAUAUCGUGCAAUUCAUAUGAGGCCGAAGUAUAUAUUUCGUUUGGAUUUCUUUUUAACUUUCGUAGCCUCUUUGUAAAUCCUUCUUCAUUCGCUUCCUACAGAGGGAUCUGUUGUCUGGAUUACUAGUGGGAUUGUCGGAAUCUUGAGAGGGUUCGGUAGUUGCUCUUUGUCUGCUUCUUUUGAACCGGAUCAAUCGUUCGUUGUGAUUACACCUCUAGGGUUUUGUGAUUCUGAAUAAAGGCGUCGGUGAUCAGGGGCCGUAUCAAUUUGGUUGGAUGACCUUGCAACUAGAGCUGAACUAUAGCUUCAAGUAUGUCGUCUGGAGAGCGAAGGUGGGUUUCUGCACGAAGAGGGGGUAUGACAGUUUUGGGGAAAGUUGCUGUUCCAAAGCCUGUUAAUCUACCCAGUCAAAGGUUGGAGAACCAUGGUCUGGACCCAAAUGUUGAAAUUGUCCCAAAGGGCACACUAAGCUGGGGCAGCUGUUCAUCUUCUUCUUCUGCACCAAAUGCAUGGGGUUCUUCAGCAUCACCACUUCUUAGUUCUGAUGGAGUUGCUGGUUCACCUAGUCGGCUCAAUGGCCGCCCUUCAUCCGGUGGAAGUGGCUCUCGACCAUCGACAGCUGGCAGUGAUAGAUCCUAUGAAUCUGCACCUAAUGCAUGGGGCCCAAAUUCUAGGCCAUCGUCGUCAUCUGGAGUAUUGUCAUCAAAUCAGACAUCGAUGGUGACAACGCGUCCUCGAAGUGCUGAAACAAGACCUGGUAGCUCUCAGCUAUCCCGGUUUGCUGAGCUUUCUGAAAAUUCAGUUGCAUGGGGCGCAUUGGGAACUGCUGAAAAAUUGGGAGCCACGUCCUCCAAGGUUAAUAACUUCACUCUGAGCUCUGGUGAUUUUCCCACUCUUGGCUCUGACAAGAACAGCGAGUCCCCUGGGCGGCAAGGUCACAGUUCGCAGGGAUGUCCUGUAUCAGCUUCUGGUAGAGUUUCAACCUCGAAAGAGAGUUCAGGAACUUCUCCUGCUGACCAUGAGCACGUUGAUGCCAAUGCAGAGGGGGAAACUGUAAAUACUUGGACUGGUGAUAAGUCCUCUUAUGUUGUAGAUGGGGCCUCACCUAGCAUGGAGAAUUGGCAUAGGGAUCCUCAACCAUUUCCUAAUACUAAUAUGCCACCUCAGCAUCUUGAGCCUUGGCAUGCUACACCUGUACGGCUCUCUUCAGAUGGAGUUUGGUUCAGAGGACCUCCAGGUGGUCCACCAUAUGGAACCCCAGGCCCUCCUGGUAGCUAUCCCCUUGAACCAUUUAAUUAUUAUCAUCCACAGGGUCCACCUAGACCUUUGCCUAACUCACAGCCGGUUCCACGACCUGGAUCUGGUCCAAGCAGUUAUCACCACCAAAAAAAUGCAGACUCUUACCGGCCCCAAAUUCCUGAAUCUUACUUGCGUCCUAUGAUGCCCAUGAGGCCAGGUGUUUACCCUGGUAUGGUGCCCUAUGACGGCUAUUAUGGUCCCCCUCAGAUGGCUAUGUGCAAUUCCAGUGAUCGAGAUGCUCCUGUUUUGGGAAUGGCAGCUGGCCCUUGUGUAUAUAACAGAUAUCCGAACCAGAACCUCCAUCAUGACACUGGUAAUUUCCAUGCUAGGUCCGCUGGAUAUGGUUCUGCCAGCACCACUAUGGUGAAGGAACAAGUGGAACAUUCUCAUUCUCAUGAUAUCCAACGGGGACCAUACAAGGUUCUUUUGAAGCAACAGGAUGAUUGGGAAGAAAAAGAUGGAGAAGAGAAUAGAGGGCAUGCUAUAUCAACCAAUGCAACCCUUGAAGGAGGGCAGCAACCAAGAACAUCCGGGGAGAAUGAUUCAGUAACAGGUUGCAGAAAGUAUAAAGCUGUGGAUUUGCCAAAAAAAGCUUUUGGUGGAGAAGCUUUUCCACAACCCACAGAUGAUCGGGAAGGUUCUUCUGUUUCUGGUAGUAUGAGCAAUGCUAAGACAGUUAAUGACACUUCGGUAAAAAAAGGUGAACCUACACCUACUCCAGGAGGUCCAAAACAAUUCACCGCAACAAAAAGAAAUCCCUCUCUGAUAGAUAAAAUAGAGGGCUUAAAUACUAGAGCUCGGACAUCUGAUGGCCGGAAUGAUUGUGACUCUAUUUCAAGUAUAGAUGAGAAGAUGAAAAGGUCAAGGUUUGUGAGUGCUAAUGUUGACCAUUCCAUGAAUGAAAACGAAACUCUUUCUGGUGCUGCCUCUGCUGAGAAAACGUACAAGAUGGGAAGGCCAAUUCUGUCUUCUCAAGAAUCUGGCACUUAUACAAGAGACAAGACCCUUGAACAGAAAACUUUCAAUGGUACAGCUGUUGUCUUGCCAGUUAGUGAAUCUCAAGCUUCUGCUGGCAAUGUGUUGAAUGCUCCUGUAGUUGGACAGAAGAAUCAUGAUCAGUUUCAUAAGAGAUUGCAAGGUGCUGAAGUUAGAGUGGACAAUCAAGUUAAGGGAAGGUUUACUCAGGAUGGUGAGGAAUGGAGAAAGAAACCUCCUGUUGCGAAGUCUUCGACUGUUAUUCCUGCUGCAAAUAUGGAGACCUCUGAUGUAAAUGUACAAGUCUUCCAUGCUCCUCAAGAAGCUUCUGAGAAGUCUGACUCAACCAUUCAUGGAAGGACUGGAGGAGAAUAUGGAACAUCCUCUUUUGAACCAAACAAUUAUAAUGCACAGCGUGCUAAGAGGAAAGAAAAAGCAACCCAACAUGCGAAGCAGCUUCAGACGGUAGAGGAAGAGUUGAACAGGCGGACACAAGCAGAGAACUCAUCUCGAAAGUUAGAAAACUGUGUGUCAGCGAGUGGCUCUAUCCAGCAGAAGCGAGAAGACCCCAGGUCUCAUGUAGAUAAUGGCAAUUCCAGACCAGCACAUGACACUGCUGAUGGUGGGAACUCCAGUGCGGUUGCCCAGGGCACUGAUAGGCUUGGAGAGUCGAGCAACUUGUCCAAGGAUCUACCUUUGGAGGCUUCAAAAUGUGAGCCCCAGGACUCCGUGGAGUUACACAACUUGUCUGUGCCAUUGCAACAAGAUGUUAAUAAUGCGGAUGCUGCUAAUCCUAAAUCUGCUCAACCUGCACAAGUUCAGGAGAACAUUUCUAGCAGACAGAGACCAAUGGGUCAUAGGAAAAAGCUGAAUAUACCAUCAGACAAAAAUUUAAGUGAAAGGCCAACUCUCACUGGAAGUAAUGGGGCCUCAAAAAGUCAUGUUAAUGUGGUUCCAGAUGUAAAAGCCCCGAGUGGUGAUUCUGGCAUGCCCAAUAAUGCUUGUAGUGUUGAUGAUCCCUUACCUCCGCAGAAAAGAAAAACACAGAGGAAUGGGAGGAGCAAGCACAAGCUGGAUGAAACUUUAUCUGGAACUCUACCCUUGUCAACAUCCACUGAAGAAAAGCCUGUAAAGGUUCGCGUAGAAAGUGCUAAAGCAAAGGCUUCUGAAGUCGUGUUAGAAGUAUCCUCAGUUCAUGUCAUGAAUUCAAGGGAGUCUGUGGAGGUUCAAGAUUGUCAGAGUGUUCCAUCUGCUGACCAAGGUUGGUCGCUGUCAACUGAAGUAGCCAACAGUAGAGCAAACAACCAAUGGAGGCCUCAACCUCGCCGGAUGCCUCAAAACCAACAAGCUACUAGAUCAGCAGAUAAAUUUCAUGCUGGUGAGGCUGUUGUUUGGGCUCCUGUCAGGUCACAGAACAAAAAUGAGGAAUUAGAAGGAGCUAGCCGAUGCACAACUCCUGAGGCUAAUGCUUCCUAUACAAAGAAUGGGCAGGGGAUGGAGAGCAAUAUGACAAGAGGCAAGAGGGCUGAAAUGGAGAGAUAUGUCCCAAAGCCUGUGGCCAAAGAAAUGUUGCAGCAGGGUAAUACUGAGCGUCCAUCUCCCAAAAUUAAUCAAUCCAUAUGUGACAAGGCACCUCAAAAAGUGAAAUCUGGUUCUGAGAUUACUGAAAGUGGAGGCCUUGAUGGCUUGGCUACUGGGAAAUCAGGGACUGUCGUGGUGCCUAAGAAUGUGGGGAGCAAGCAUAAUACGCAUGGUAAAGCUCAUGGAUCAUGGUGCCAACGUGGUUUGACUGAGCCACCUCCUGUGCAAGGCUUGCAGGAGGGAUCAGCUCUCUCUUUAGGCACCAGCAAGAGUGCUUAUAAACCCAUUGAGCCACCCCAACCCCAGAAGACUGAAACAUACUCAUCGAAGGGGCCAGAAAAAUAUUCUGACAACUGGACUUCUAAUAAUCCUGUCUCAACUGAUCCUGUCACAACUGAUGUGAAGAAUAACAGUUUAACGGGGAGAGGGAAACGACAUCCUUUUAAGGGACACAAAGGUACCGAGCACAAUUUUGUUGAUCAGAAACAUGUUCAUGGCACUGAUAAAAUUGAUGCUCAAACUUCAGCACUUGAGCUGAACCAGCCUGAGGGAGGAGUUGCAUUGAGAGAAAACUAUGUUGGGGAACAUUCAACUUCUCACUGGCAACCAAAAUCUCAGCCGCAUGUUGCACAUAACCAGAGAGCCAACAGGGGCAAUGGUGGUCAAAAGUUUACGGCGCAUGUUAGUAGGAAUUCUGAAAAGGAGUUUACUCAGCAUGCUGAUGGCCGCACAUCACAGAACAAGAACAAGGAUCAUGGUCCUUUUCCAGACCAGCCUCAGCCUCAGCCUCAUCAGUCAGAGAUGUCAAAGACCAAUGUCUCUGAAGGAUCCACUGUACGCAGCCAUGAGGCUAAGAAAGAAAAGAAGGGUGUAGAUUCAUUCAAACAGCAUGCAGUCUCCCCAAACCAAGAUCCUGUUAACAACAGUGAAAUCAGUCCUGCAAAUAUUGAUACCCAACAUGAGCAACAGUUCUCUUCUGGAUUCCGCAGGCAUGUGCACCACAAUGGUUGCUUUAACCGGGUGCAGGAAUCACCUCAUGCAGGCCACAACCCAGCAAGGCAAGAUAGCAGCAAGCAAAAUCAUGUGCCUGGAAAUGGUGAGAGGAAGAGGCAGAAUUCACAUUAUGAGUACCAAGCGGUUGGAUCACACAAUAACAAACCGGAGGACUCCUCUGAAGGUUCCCGUGUAAUGGGUUCAAGAUACCGUGAGAGGGGUCAGAAUCACUCGAGGCGUGGUGGGGGAAACUUUUAUGCCCGAAGCAACGAUAGCAUUCGAGUUACUGCUGGAUAUGGUAUUGGAGAGUGAAAACAUACCAUGUUUUCUUGUUCAAAGCCAUUUCUUCAUACAGUUUGGUAGGGUACUGGCUUGAUCACAAAUGCCAUGCAGGUAUAUUAAUUGCUCUACUUAUCCAUUGUCAGUCUGUUAAUUGCAAUUAUUGACUGGUUCAUCUGAUUAUACAUGUCUGUUCAGCGUGAUUUAGGGCCAGGAGUAAAAAUUGAGCGAGGCAUAGGUGAAAGCUGGUAAAGGUAGCGGAUGUGGUUGGAUUUUUUUAUUUUUAAGAUGUAUUUGAUUUUGAACAGCCUGUUUACUCAUAUUCAGUUUACUGUGGAAACUCUCUGGUUCUCAAA